AUGGCAGCUCCCGUUGCAAGCAAGGUCACAAAGGGGCCGAGGGCUUGUGCCACUUGUGCAAAGGCGAAGAGCAGGUGUAUAGCUGGGCCGAAAGGGCAGGACAAAUGUGAGAGAUGCCACCGGCUCCAGAAGCCAUGCUCUUCACAAACCCCAGCGCCCGCACGCAAGCGCAAGGAGCCCAAACCCACCCGGGUAGCAGAGCUUGAGCGACGUCUGGAGGACCUGACAGCCCGCAUCGAGUCGGUCCAGCGACUGGGUCAGACGGAGCCGAGCCCGCCCAACUCGGAUCAUUAUGUGCCGCCCUCUGGAGGAGCGCCCGCAGAUAUCGAGGACCCGCUGCCGCCGCCAGGGAACUUGUUGUCCGAAUCCCGUGGACCGACACCCACUUACAGCCGGGACAGAUGGGACCCGUUCGGGCACCUAUUCCCGGACCGGUCCAUCUUUGAGACCCGGCCCGACCACCAGCAACCCACAAGCAGCAGCAAUGCUGCAUCGGUGGGCCAAAACGCCUCCCCUCCAGUACCCCCAAUCGAAAUAUCGACGCAGCCGACAGCCUCAUCCCCCUACCAGCAGCCAGUUUCGCGCCCCUCUCAGCAUCAAGUAGGUUGCCCAUGGCCUCAGGGAGACGAAGCCGAGGCGUUCCUCCGGGUAUACCGGGAGAAGAUGGCUCAUUUAUUCCCCUUUGUCGUCGUGCCGCCAGACCUGUCGCCGGCUCAUAUGCGGGAACAACGGCCCUUUUUGUGGAAAGCCAUCAUGAUGGAGGCAUGCGUGUACGAGGGGGCGCGACAGGUUGCGUUGGGGAACGAGUUGCUGAAGGAAGUCUCCGAGGCGGCGCUGGUGAGGCCGGAGAAGAAUAUUGAUCUUUUGCAUGGGUUGCAGCUGUUGAUUGCUUGGUACCAUUAUAACCUCGACAACUUCCAGAUGGUCAACCUUUUGUUUCUGGCCAGGUCAAUCACGCUCAGCCUGGGGUCUGCCGAGGUUAAGGGCUUCCCAGGUGAUGGAAGGUACAGCUCCGAGUUGCUCGAGCUGAUGCGCGCGUUCGCUGGGACGUAUUAUCUCGUAACCAUCACGUUCACAACAAACAAGCGGCCUGACGCCCUCAUGAACAACAUGAACACAUCGUACUUGGCGACGUGCUGUCAAGCCCUUCACAGCCAGAUGGAGUACCCCACAGACGAGCUCGCCGUUCAUCUUGUCCGUACGCAGCAGCUGUCACAGAGCAUCUUGCAGGCAUUUUCCAGGCGCAAGGCCGUCUCUGAUGAAAACCAGCCAUCGCCGAGGGCCCUCAUUCCGCACUUAAUGGAUCGUAUUCAAGGAUUCGCCGCCUCCCUGCCGCCGCAUAUCCGGGCGGACCCUUCUUUAGCAGGCCACCUCCACGUCGCCGAAAUCCUCGUGUACGAGAACAGCCUGGAGGAGCUCUCUCAGUGCCCCUUCGAGAAGCCAUCUCGUGGACGAGAUCGGACGACAGUUCUCGCCGCCUCGGUUGAUGAGGCGGACCCGAAGCGGCUCGAACUUUUGUGGCAGUGUGCGCGUGUCGUGACCACAUUCAUGAAGAAUCGCUUCUCGGAAGAGAUUGGCGACUAUCCCCGCUUCGUCUGCGUGUCGUCGUUUGACUUGACGUAUGUGUUCCUGACAAUGCUGCGGUUGGUGACGUUACAAGUUCCUGGGUGGGACUUGGCAGUGGUCGCAAAGGAGUUGCCCUUCAACGACUUUACGACGUGGUUAAUACAUCGCAUGGAGUACACGGUAGAGCGACGGAAGCGGAAGAGCAAGCCGAGUGUCGCGAGCGACGCAGAUGUGCUAGUAGGGUGGCAGGAAGACGACUUCGGUGAUCCCUAUCUCAAGCUCACGCGCAAGCUCCGCAACGUUCGAGACAGUCUCAAUCUCAUUGGGUUCGACAACGACUACGCAACUUCUCAGGUCGCGCGAGUUUGCAAUCCUGCACCCAUGACUGUGGCCGACGCGACCCAAGACUUGAUGCAAGACCUGGGUGCUGGUCUGUGGCAGGACGUAACGGGUGGGCCGCCCGAUUGGGAUUCGUUUUUCGUAGGCAAAACGGUCGACUGGUCUGCCGUCUUGAACAAUUACAGCAUGGCAACCGAAUCAGGAUAUAUGGCAUAG